AUAGCUGAGGCUCAAAUUAGCAAUGAAGGAGAAGCAUUAGCACCCAGUGGCUAGCAGCAGUUAGUUGGCUUUUCUGUUUAUGGAAGGUGCUGAAUGUUUGACUAGCAAAGAGACAAGUGAGGAAGAAUAGUGUGGCGGUCCCUUGCUGGACACAGGAAUGGACUUUGCCAUGGGCAAUGCAGCUAUGCAUAAGACACGCAAGGAAACAAAGGACAGUCCUGAGAGGAAUACCUCUUAUCUAAGUUAUGUUUCUGACCAGGGUCAGAGCACUGAAUCCUUGUCGGACAGCAACACCAGUUUCCUGCGGGCUGCGAGAGCGGGGAACAUUGACAAGGUUCUGGAGUAUCUGAAGGGCGGUGUUGACAUUGCCACCUGCAAUCAGAAUGGACUCAAUGCUCUGCACCUGGCAGCCAAAGAAGGACAUGUGGAUAUGGUCCAGGAGCUGCUGGAGAGGGGGUCUUCUGUGGACGCUGCAACCAAGAAAGGAAACACAGCUCUCCACAUCGCCUCCCUAGCAGGUCAAGGUGACGUGGUUAAGAUCCUGGUCAAAACUGGAGCGGAUAUCAAUGCACAGUCACAAAAUGGGUUCACUCCUUUAUACAUGGCUGCCCAAGAGAACCAUCUGGAUGUGGUACGCUAUCUACUGGAGAAUGGAGGAAACCAGAGUACAGCAACAGAGGAUGGCUUCACUCCUUUGGCCAUUGCUCUGCAGCAAGGCCAUAAUCAGGUGGUGUCCAUCCUUCUAGAGAAUGACACCAAGGGCAAAGUGCGGCUGCCUGCCCUGCACAUUGCUGCCCGCAAGGACGAUACCAAGUCGGCUGCUCUGCUGCUGCAGAAUGACCAUAAUGCAGACGUCCAGUCCAAGAUGAUGGUCAAUAGGACUACUGAGAGUGGCUUCACUCCACUGCACAUUGCAGCUCAUUAUGGAAAUGUGAAUGUAGCGACGCUGCUCCUAAACCGAGGAGCCGCUGUGGACUUCACUGCCAGGAAUGGAAUCACACCAUUACAUGUGGCAUCUAAGAGGGGUAAUACAAACAUGGUCCGUCUGCUGCUGGACAGAGGGGCACAGAUUGAUGCCAAAACAAGGGAUGGCCUCACACCUCUCCACUGUGCGGCAAGAAGUGGACAUGACACAGCGGUGGAGCUGCUGCUGGAGAGAGGAGCCCCCAUUCUUGCCAGAACCAAGAAUGGUCUCUCUCCUCUCCACAUGGCAGCACAGGGUGACCACGUUGAGUGUGUUAAGCACCUGCUGCAGCACAAGGCCCCUGUAGAUGAUGUCACCCUGGACUACCUGACCGCCCUCCAUGUUGCCGCCCACUGUGGUCACUACAGAGUUACCAAGCUUCUGCUAGACAAGAGAGCUAACCCCAACGCUCGAGCACUGAAUGGCUUCACACCUCUUCAUAUCGCCUGUAAGAAAAACAGAGUGAAGGUGAUGGAACUACUAGUCAAGUAUGGAGCUUCCAUCCAGGCUAUCACUGAGUCUGGUCUUACUCCUAUACAUGUGGCAGCGUUUAUGGGCCACCUCAACAUUGUCCUCCUGCUGCUGCAGAAUGGAGCUUCCCCUGACGUCAGCAACAUACGUGGAGAGACUGCUCUGCAUAUGGCCGCUCGAGCUGGACAGGUGGAGGUGGUUCGUUGUUUGCUAAGAAAUGGAGCCAUGGUGGAUGCCAGAGCCAGGGAGGACCAGACCCCGCUCCACAUUGCCUCUCGGCUGGGGAAGACGGAGAUUGUCCAGCUGCUCCUCCAACACAUGGCUCAUCCGGAUGCUGCCACCACCAACGGCUAUACGCCUCUCCACAUCUCUGCCCGUGAGGGUCAGCUGGACGUGGCGUCAGUGCUGCUGGAGGCUGGUGCCUCACACUCCCUUGCAACAAAGAAGGGGUUCACUCCCUUACAUGUGGCAUCCAAGUAUGGCAGCCUUGAUGUGGCAAAACUCCUUCUACAGCGGCGCGCCCCUCCAGACUCAUCGGGCAAGAACGGACUCACGCCUCUCCAUGUUGCUGCUCAUUAUGAUAACCAGAAGGUGGCGCUGCUGCUUUUGGACAAAGGGGCUUCUCCCCAUGCCACAGCCAAGAAUGGAUACACUCCUCUCCACAUUGCUGCAAAGAAGAACCAGAUGGAAAUAGCCACCACACUCCUACAGUACGGAGCAGAGACCAACAUCCUGACCAAGCAGGGAGUGACCCCUCUUCACCUGGCAUCUCAGGAAGGACACAGUGACAUGGCUGCCCUGCUGCUGCAGAAGGGGGCGCAGGUCAAUGUGCCCACUAAGAGUGGACUUACUGCUCUUCAUCUUGCUGCCCAAGAAGACAAAGUUGGUGUCGCUGAGAUUUUAGUUAAACAUGGUGCCAGCCUUGACCAGCAAACCAAACUGGGUUACACGCCACUGAUUGUCGCCUGUCACUACGGAAAUGCCAAGAUGGUCAACUUCCUUUUGAAAAGCAAUGCCAGCGUCAACGCCAAAACAAAGAAUGGAUACACUCCUCUUCACCAAGCAGCGCAACAGGGCAACACACACAUCAUCAAUGUUCUGCUCCAGUAUGGAGCUAAACCCAACGCCAUCACUGUGAAUGGAAACACAGCGCUUGCCAUUGCUCGUCGCCUUGGUUACAUCUCAGUGGUGGACACAUUGAGAGUGGUCACAGAGGAAAUCAUCACCACAACAACAACUGUGACAGAGAAACACAAGCUGAAUGUUCCAGAGACCAUGACUGAAGUCCUUGAUGUGUCGGAUGAGGAAGGUGAUGACACUAUGACAGGUGAUGGAGGAGAGUAUCUGAGAGCAGAAGACCUGAGAGAACUGGGAGAUGACUCAUUGCCUGGCCAGUACCUGGAUGGCAUGAAUUACCUGCGUUUCAGUCUGGAAGGUGGACGAUCUGACAGUCGCUUGCACAGUACGGACAGGUCCUACACACCCACCCAUCAUGGCUAUUACUCUCCAAAACACGACGGGUUGGGGGACGACACAAUCCGCAGUUACCAGGUGUCUUCUCUUGCUAAUGAGAGGGACUCAUACAGACUGAGCUGGGGAACAGAAAAUCUGGACAAUAUAGCGCUUUCCUCCAGUCCUGUUCACUCUGGCCGUUCCUCUCCGUGCCAUGACCAUGACACCAGCAGCUUUCUUGUUAGCUUCAUGGUGGAUGCCCGUGGUGGUGCAAUGCGAGGUUGCCGUCACAAUGGCCUGCGGAUCAUCAUUCCACCUAGGAAGUGCAGUGCCCCAACACGAGUGACCUGUCGCUUGGUCAAACGCCAUCGCCUGGCUACCAUGCCCCCUAUGGUGGAAGGAGAGGGUUUGGCUAGUCGACUUAUUGAGGUUGGACCCUCUGGUGCCCAAUUCCUUGGUAAACUCCAUCUCCCCACUGCCCCGCCCCCUCUGAAUGAGGGUGAGAGUUUGGUUAGCCGCAUUCUUCAGCUGGGGCCACCAGGGACCAAAUUCCUGGGACCAGUGAUUGUGGAGAUCCCUCACUUUGCUGCUCUGAGGGGGAAGGAGAGAGAGCUGGUGAUUCUGCGCAGUGAGACAGGAGAAAGCUGGAAAGAGCAUCACUGUGAAUACACAGAGGAGGAGCUCAAUCAGAUCCUCAAUGGCAUGGACGAGGAGUUGGACACUCCAGAGGAGCUGGAGAAAAAGCGCAUUUGCCGCAUAAUCACCCGGGACUUCCCACAGUACUUUGCAGUGGUGUCCCGGAUCAAACAGGACAGUAAUUUAAUUGGUCCAGAGGGUGGGAUCUUGAGCAGUACAGUGGUACCACAAGUCCAGGCUGUUUUUCCAGAAGGGGCACUCACCAAACGCAUUCGAGUUGGUUUACAGGCUCAGCCUGUGAACAUGGACGUGGUGAGGAAAAUCUUAGGAAACAAAGCUACUUUCAGUCCUAUAGUCACUCUGGAACCCCGUAGGAGGAAGUUCCAUAAACCUAUCACCAUGACCAUCCCUGUCCCCAAGACUUCCACUGACCCUGUCCUCAAUGGCUUUGGAGGAGAUACGCCGACACUCCGAUUGCUAUGCAGCAUCACGGGUGGAACCACGCCAGCUCAGUGGGAGGACAUCACUGGAACCACACCAUUAACUUUUAUCAAUGACUGCGUGUCAUUCACCACAAAUGUGUCUGCAAGAUUCUGGCUAAUAGACUGUCGGCAGGCCCAAGAGUCAGUCAACUUUGCCACACAGGUCUAUCGAGAGAUCAUCUGUGUGCCGUACAUGGCCAAAUUUGUCGUCUUUGCCAAAACACAUGACCCCAUAGAGGCACGCCUGCGCUGCUUCUGCAUGACAGAUGACAAGAUAGACAAAACUCUGGAGCAGCAGGAGAACUUCACUGAGGUGGCUCGCAGUCGGGACGUGGAGGUCCUGGAAGGAAAACCGAUCUAUGCAGACUGCUUUGGAAACCUAGUCCCCCUGACCAAGAGUGGUCAGCAUCAUCUCUUCAGCUUCUUUGCCUUCAAAGAAAACCGACUUGCCCUUUUUAUAAAAAUACGAGACAAUACUCAGGAGCCUUGUGGUCGGUUGUCUUUCAUGAAAGAACCAAGAUCAUACAGGAGUCUGGCCCAUAAUGCUAUAUGCAACCUAAAUAUCACUCUACCGGCUUACUCUAAGGAAUCAGAUUCAGAUCAAGAGCCUGAUGAGGAGACUAGCCGAACACUUGGGAAAUAUGACGAAGAUACUGAAACUUCUACAGAGACAUCCAUCCUGAAAACACACUUGAUUCGAGAGUCUCCUGCCCUCGCGAGUCCAGAUUUACUAUCUGAAGUAUCAGAGAUGAAGCAAGAUCUGAUCAAAAUGAGUGCCAUUCUGACCACUGAUCCCUCUGAGAAGUCGGGCUCUAUGCAAGGGGGUGAUCUAGUAAAGGGGGUGGAGGAGGUGUCAGGGGAGCCUUUUGAAAUAAUGGAAAAGGUCAAAGAAGAUCUGGAGAAAGUUAGUGAGAUUCUAAGGAGUGGAACAUAUGAGGAUGAGGUUCUUGAGGAAUCAGCAAAAGCAGAAAGCCGCCCAUAUAGAAAGGACGAGGAGUGGGUUCUUCUCUCAGACUGUGAAAUUGAGGAGGCCAAAAUGAUGGCAGCCUUUGAGACCCAGGAACCACUCCUUAAGGAUAUUCGAGGCAGCCGAGGGACACAGAGACAAAAGAGUGCCAAUGAAGACCUUAAAGAAUACCUACUGGAUGUGCCUGUGACUUCUGCAACUGCUUCACAGGAGACUGUGGUGCAGGAAAAGUUCACUGAAGUUGUGUUGCGUAGGGGAGGUAAAAAAAUCAUAUCAACUGUGCUUAAAGACACUAAAACACAUGUGGCUGAAGUGAAAAAGCCUGCUCGAAGAAAGGGGCCUCAAGGACACACAGAUGAAUCCCACAUACCCAGCUCAAAAGCAGGCUCAGUCAGUGAGAGCAAAGGAAAGCCCCAAGGCGAAGAUACUCUUCUAAGUGCCCCGUCACACCAAAAAAAAUCACCUGUAUCACCAGUAGUUGAGGAAACGCCAAUUGGUUCAAUUAAAGACAAAGUUAAGGCCCUUCAAAAGAAAGUGGAAGAGGAACAAAAGGGCCGAAAGCAGACUAGCAGCAAACCCUCUGCUGUAUCUUCAGAAAGAAAAUCUCCUGCCCUUAAAGACCAAAAACCCUCAGGCCCCAAAAAAACACAGGUCCCACUUAAAUCCCCCAAAAAAGAGUCUGAGAGACUAGAAGAGACCAUGUCAGUGAGAGAACUCAUGAGAGCUUUUCAGACAGGACAAGACCCUUCAAAGCGAAAGUCUGGACUCUUUGAACACAAAGCAGCUUCUGGACCAAAGCCCAAACAAACAGCUCAAGUCAAAGAAACUCUGUCCACGCCUUCCCUAUCUGAAGCAUCAUCACUUGGGCAAGAAGUGUCACUUGAUGCCAUUGAACCACAGAGAGAAAAAGAACUUCAGAUUAGCCCAGAGAUCAGACAUUCCAAAGACUUUAGUGCAGAAAUAAGAGCAGAACUUGAAGACAAUGCUCAAUACGAGCAAUUUAAAAAGUCAGAAGUAAAAGAUGAAGAUAGUUUGUCUGGUGUUAAACAGUCAGAUACAACUACUGCAGUUCCCCAAGAUCUGUCUAAACACAGAGAGUCUCGACCUGACAGUGGGCCUGAGAGUAGUGCACUUGAUGACAGCUCUGACAGUAUCAAAAAUGAAGGUCUGGUUGAUUCACCUUGUGCCAGUGUAGGUGAAGGGGAAGUCCACAUUAGUUCAGAGGAGAGCUACAAACAUGAGGGCAUGGCAGAGACUCCAGAAACAAGCCCUGAAAGCCUUUCCUCAUCACCCAAACGGCCAGGUCAAUCUGUACUUGGAACCGUAUCAAAAGCAGCAACAGUUACUGCCAAGGACACGAGCAGCCACCUGUCUGACUCCUCUUCCCCUGCUGCAAAAACAGCUGAUGAGCAAACAUCUACAGCAACGCUUCGGCGAUCAUCUGUGAAAAAAGCAGUUGAAGAUCCUUCAAAAAGUGAGUGUACGAGUACAUCUCGGGGCAAAACUGUGAAAUUUGGUGAUGAGAAAGCCCCUGUUGAUAAGGACAUUGUUUUGGCAUCAUCCAAACCACCUAAAACUCGGAAAUUAACAAAAAGAGGUUCCGAAACAAUAGAGAGUUUUUUAAGCGAUGAAGAAUUCUCUGAUGGCCAACCAGCAUCAACCUCUGCUGACUCUGUGGCCUCAAGGGCAGACACACAGGGUCAUAGUGGUUUAGUUCUACAUCUUAGACAUCAAGAUUCAGAGAGCAUUAGUCCAGUAGCUGAUGACUCUAUAACCAUUAGUCACAAAGACUCUUUAGAAGGUAGUCCCCUUAUGGAAGACAACUCCUCCCAUAAAACCCCAGACUCAAUUGAGCCUAGUCCAACUAAGGAAUCCCCAUGCUGUGACUCUCUAGAAAGCAGCCCUGUAGAGCAGAAAACCACCUUGGCCUUUCCUCCUACAGUAGAGCAACCCGGUGUGACUGCAGGGCACCUGACAUCCUCCAAAGCUCCUGAGUUCCCCCCAGAAAAUUUGCGUAGUAGGCUCCUCAGAGACCAGGAGGGUAGUGCCGACGAUGACAGUUGUGAGCAGACGUCUCAGCUGACGAGUUCGGGUAAGAGUCCUCUUUCCCCUGACACCCCAAGUUCUGAAGAGGUAAGUUAUGAGGUCAAUCCUAAAACCCCAGACCUUAUGGUCCUGUCCGUGUCCCUAAAGCCAUCAGUCAUACCUGAGGAUGCAGAGGAAGAUGAUGAGUUGGAGUGUGGCAUGACUCAGAGGAAAUUCACCCCAGAGGAAGAGAUGUUUAAAAUGGCUGCCAAAAUAAAAACAUUUGAUGAGAUGGAACAAGAUGCAAAAGGCAGAAAGGACAAUAAAAAAGAUAUUUGGUCCUCUCAGACCAUGAUUGGGUCUGAAGAAGGACAUGAAAGCAGCAAACUAAUUGGCCUUGCAUCCAAAGAUGAAACAUCCUCAGUGGAUGGCCUUGAGUCCAAACAAGGGUCAGAGGUAGCACAAUCUGUAGAAACUACUAUUAAAGUACAACCUCCCUCUCCUUUUCCAGCAGGUAUGCAUGAGAGCCCUCAAACAGCUGAGGACAUUCACCAAACCCUGGCCCACACUGCAGCGUCAACAGAUGAAUCAGCAAUGGAGGGACCUCAGUCUGUCUCAGAAAAGCAUAUCGCAAAAACCCACCAGAUCCCUCAAGAACAAAAAGAAAAGAGAUUUGUUAGUACUAAAGAGUUAGAACAGACCACUGAAAGGUCAUCCAGCAGUGAAGGGGCAGCAAAUAUAACCGAUGAGCAAAAAGAGGAAAGCCUAAGAAAGUUAAAAGGAAGCACAGAUGAUGACAGGGUUGGAAAGCAGAAAGAUUCAUCUAGUUACCGGCAAGUUGAUACUAAAUCACAUAGCUCGACAGAAUGUAACAUAACAGAUGAGGUUAAAGGGGAUCACAUGAGGCAUACAGGGGCAUCUGAUAUAGAUUUAGGUAGGGAAGGCUUAAGAACUGAAGCUGAUUCUGUACCUAUUAUUAUCGGGCAAGCAAGGGAAACAUUUAAACCAGAAAUUUGUAUUUAUGAUGACACUGAAGAGGAUGACGAAGAAGAGGAACCUCCUAAAACAAAGUCAAGAGGAGUAACUGCAAGAGCAGAGGCAGACACCUGGAAUGCUAUGCGGGAAGACGACGAUGCCUUUGCAGCAAGAGUGAGAGAAGAGGAACAAAAAAUUUUGGGUUUGAUUGUAGAUCGUCAGUCUCAAGGAGCAACUCCAGACACUACACCUGGAAGGACACCCACCGAGGAGGGCACACCAACAAGUGAACAAAAUCCUUUCCUUUUUCAAGAGGGUAAACUAUUUGAAAUGACUAGAAGUGGUGCAAUAGACAUGACCAAAAGAGGCUAUGAAGAGGAAGGUUUUGCCUUCUUUCAAAUAGGAGAGCAACCAAUUGAAGAGGCACUUGUAGAGGAUGUUAGGGAAGAACCUGCUAGUAGCUUCACAGGGGCAGAGAAAGAGGUUGGCCUUAACCUAACAUUGCAGAUUAAACCUGAAGAAGCUGAUCAGUCUUCUAAGGAGGCUGCAGAUGCAUCUCUCCAUUCCCCACCUGAGGAUGAUCAGUUGAGCACUGCAGGUAAAUCAGAUGCCUCAAAGUCUAGAAUCCCCAUCAAAAUGGGUGUUUCUGCCUCAGCCAAAACCACAAAGAAAAAUCAAGUGACAUCAGAAGAUGCAGAAAUAAAAACAGACAAAUUAUCAGAAGAUAGCCCUUCAGUGACUGAUCUUGUUUCUCCAGAUGCGGUCAUAACUGAUGUCCAGACAGCAGUGUCAACAGUUACUAGAUCAGUUUAUUCCCAACAAGACCAAGAGUCCUCAGAUUCUUCACCAGAGGAUCAGCACUUGGUAAAAGAACUACCUAAAAGCCCUGAAAAGACUUCCCCAUCUUCUGAAAAGAUAUCAACAACAAAAACCAAGCCUGUCUCUAAAAGUCAUACUGCGUAUACUCAGAAAAAGUCGUCCUCCUCUAAGGAGGAGGAGAAGCCAAAAUCAAGAAUCCCUGUAAAGGCCACUUCCCCCAAAUCUGAGACAGGGUAUGACCUGUCUAUGAAACGGGCUGAAUCUCUUAAGGACAAAAAGUCCAAGUUGCCUGUAAAACCUGAAACAAGGAGAAAAUCUGAGACAGACACAGGUCCCUCUGUAAGCUCCAGAGUGACAAGGUCUUCGAAAGCCAAGGGUGACUGUGAAAGUGAUUCUACCAAGAAACCAGCUAAGAAGGACCAGGUUCAACCAGCAAGUACUGAGUUUUCCAGCAAAUCUAAGACAUUACCUUCAAGGCUGCCUGUCAGAGGAAAGCCUGGUUCACCAGCCCACACCUCUACACCUGGAAAAAAAGAGCAGCACCCAGAGAGACAAAAGCAGUCUAUUGAUUUUUCUGAGGAGAUUAGUGAUGAGGCAGCUAAGCUAGUGGAGAGGUUGGCUCAAGCAGAGAAAGAAAAAGAGGAGGCAGCUGCCAUGUCGGAUGAUGAAAGCAGCACCAUAGAUGUCUCAGUAAUAGAGAUUGAGCCUUUCCCUGACAUGCAGAUGCCUCUUCCAGAGGACCCACUGGUCAUUAGGCCUCGGUGGGACGACCCUGUUGAGACGCAGAUGGAAAGAAUCCCUGCCGAUAAAGGCCAAGUCCGAAGUCAAGUGGACCCACAGGAUGAAGCUGACAGGAAGGAGGGACGAUUAGCUGUAAUGGCUGACCACCUUGGUUUUAGCUGGACAGAACUGGCUCGUGAACUUGAAUUUGGUGAAGAACAAAUCAAUCAGAUAAGAGUAGAGAAUCCAAACUCACUUCAGGACCAAAGUCACGCCCUCAUAAAGCUAUGGACAGAAAGAGAGGGGACAAAUGCUACAGAGAGAACUUUGAUCACAAAGCUCACCAAGAUUAAUCGUAUGGACAUUGUACAUCUCAUCGAAACAAAGCUCAUCCAGUCCACUCAGGACAAGUCAUCACAUACCUAUGCAGAAAUUGAGCAGACCAUUUCACUGGAUCACAGUGAAGGUUUCUCAGCGCUUCAUGAGGACAUGACAGCCCUAGGCCAGGCAGGCGCCCAGAGAUCACUUUCAGGAAGGACAGAGUCUGGGCAGCAACCUCCAGUGGUGUCUGUUGAGGAUCUCUCUUCCAGUAUAUCUUCCCUCAAUGACACUCAGAAAGAGAAGUUGCAGACAGACAUUGAUAAAAGUCAAGAGGUAAUUGGAGGCUCACCACAGUCUCAUUUUGAGAUGACUGGUCUAAAGCAACAGUUCCCAGGCACUUUUAAACAAGGAGACGAUAUACCUGAGAUCCGCCCCCAGACAAUGACAGAGGAGCAAUACACUGAUGAAUAUGGAAACAUAGUAGUUAAAAAGAUCACAAGGAAAAUUAUCCGCAAGUAUGUGUCAGCAGAUGGAGUGGAGCGAGAGGAAGUGAUGGUGGAGGGAGGUCAGCAAGAAGCUAUCACAGUAGAUGAGGCUGAUGGCUUCUCCAAAGUGGUGAAGAGGACAGUAGUGAGGAGUGGGGGAGAUCAGACAGAGGUGACCUUUUCUGAGCCGCUACCUGUUGGAGGGGCAGCAGCCUCUGAAUUUGAAGUAGAGCCUGUCCAAGGUCGGAAAGUCAGCAAGGUCAUCAAAACUAUGGUAGUACAGGGUGAGCGGAUGGAAAAACAAAUCGGUGACCCCUUGUUGUCAGGAGAUCUCCCCUCAGCAAAAGAUGACUUUGAAAAGGCUUUGAGUUAUGUAGGUGGCUUUGAGAAAGUGCACUUGCCUCAUUUAGUGGAGAAAGAGAUGGUGAAGGAAGAUGGAUCUGUGGUCAGAAGGGCUUGCAUGAGAAAGACGCGCACUCAAAAGAAGACAGUGGUGAAGGACGGCCAGAGCAAACACACGCACCUGGAGCGACUGGAGGACACUCCGGAGGCCCUGCGACCUGAUGCCCUUCAGCAGCAUCUCCACCAACUGCUCCAACGCUACUGCACACCAGAAGUGACAGAAGAGCCGGAAAUGGGGGCAGUGGCAGAGGACAAAGGGAAGAGGGAGGAAAAGCGGGACACAAACGACAAAUUUUCUACUGCGUAGUCAAAUUCUAAUUAUGCUUUGCAUUUUUUUGCGCUGUUGUGGCACGUAUCCCAAAAAUCUCGGCACAAUAUCAGAUUGUGACCUUCGCCCCCACCCAGCCCUUUUUGUUUUUCGAUCAUUUACUCCACCCUAUGCUCUAAGCUAUCUUUCCUGUUUCAGAACCCCAGCUUUUGGAGUUCUAUGUUCUCCAUUGCAAAAUGGUACAUUUUGUUAUGGUUCUGAGUAUUUUUGUUUGUUUGUUUUUGUUUUUGGAUGUUGUCAUAGUUCCCACGUGACCAAAGAUAGCUUUAUCUUGCUCUUGCUGAUAAGUCUAGCUUCGUUGUUUUAUCAUUUGUUGGCUAUUGUGGUAGAAAAUCUAAACAUUAAACUUCACAAAAGCAUCAUCUUGGACAUUAAACAGUUUUCACAGACCUCUUUCUGCAAGAGAGUUGAAAAUAAUGGGACACAUGUAAAUAUUAGAUAAAAUGUAUCCACUUUGAAUGGAAAAAGGAAAAAAAAAGCUGCAGCAUAUACCUGCACUGUCUGCAUACCUGCUGUACAACUGCACCAAAUGCACUACUGCAAUUAAACAUGUUACAAAUUAUUUGCUCUAAAUUCUGUCCAGGGGCUUCGGAUAACUGACUGUCUGUGACUGGGGGCAUGUUUACUGCAUACCACGAACACAGGUAUAACGUGGACAGUAUUGAGACGAUGUAAAAAUUGAAUGAAUGUCAUUGUGUAGUUCUCUAUGAUACCAGAAUGAGCUUGAGUAAUUUGUAUUUAGUACAAGUGUGAAAUCACUAUCACCGCUCCACUCUCAUGGUGGUCCGAAUGCUAGAUUUUGACAUGCUUGCCUUUAAUGUGCAUUUAGAAAGUCAUAUUGAAUGAAAGCUUAGAGAAUUCUUCCCAGCUCAUGCUCUUUGAUUUUGUUUUUGUUGGUCUUUCGCAUAUUUUCAUGUAAGGCCACAACAGCUUUUGCACGGUGGACUCGGUCUGCCCUAUCUAUGUACAGUGCGUGUGUGUGUGUGUGUGUGUGUGUGUGUGUGUGUGUGUGUGCCUAUACGUGUGUGUAUGUAUGCAUUUCUUCACCAUGUUAACCUCCAAUCACAAUACUGCUGCCCCCUUGUCUGCAUAUAUGAAAGUAGCCAUCAUUAAUGUUACAUUCUUAAUUUAAUCCACAACAUUCUUUGUGCUGUCUAAUUUUACGACCUUCACCAUUAUUUAAAGGAUGGAUGUUAUUAAUCAGUAACUCCCAGAAAGACUCUUUGUGCUUGUGAGCUUGAUCUUAAUUCCUUCCAUAUUAGUGGCGCACUUACAAAAUCAAUAUCGAGGGUUUCGGAGCACUGUGAACACGGCUCGUCAGAUUGAAUGAAGGGGGGGAAGAGAAUGUGGAGUUGGUUUUGGUUUUAUUUGCUUUGUUUUUAUUUCUGAUGUUCCAAAUGGUGUAAAAUAAAGAAAGUGGUAAUCUCACAUCAACGCCAUUUUCUUAAGUAUUUUACCAUGGUUGCAUGUCUUAAAAUGAUUUUUGCUUCUGGGCCACAAAUGACAGAUUCUAGGCCACUUUCCCAGACCAAUAUCUGGGAAGCUGGCAGUGGGUCUUUUUAUGAGUCUGUCUCCCAAACAGGGAUUGAGUCUAGUACUGAACUAGCAUCGCGAAUGGAAAUUCUCCACUGAAAGGAAAACAUAGAUCCAAAGGCUAUUCUCAAUCCCUGUCUGGGAAACAGACACUAUUAGUAAGACAAAAUAAUCAGUCAAAACGAAAUAAUAUAGAAAUUCAAGUAAAGCUGAAAGUAAUAAUUUGUGGAAGCAUCGAGUACCUAAUAUAUUCUACUGGUUCAAAAGAUACCAGGUAUAGUUUUAGACUACAAUACAAAUAAAAACAUUCAAAGAUCUUUUUUUAAUCUCUCUAAGUUCUGUGGCAAGGAAGUGGUGAAUUUCUGGUUUCAUAAUUUUGACAGCCUUGAAACAAAUAGCAGCAUCAUGGCUAUUCACUUUUAAACAGCAUACUGUACAAUCUACUGAAUCUAAUCAAUCUAUCACUGCUGGUUACUGAAUUCAGUGGCACUUGCAUGAUAUACUUUAUCGACAUAUAAGAAAAGAACUGCAUACUUCUAACCUAAUGUGAGCUUUCAAAAUAACCUUCAGUCAACCUGUUUAUGCCUAUAAAGGUAAUGAUUUUAGUGAAUGCAGUAGUAGCAAUGUUCAUUUUUCAUAUCUGCAGUGGUCAUUUUAACACUGGUGGUGCCGAUGUUCCGAAAAUAUAGACAAAACAUUACAACAAAUGAGAGAUGUAGACAGAAUAUGUCCCUUUUUAUGGGAACGCAUCAACUUGCGCUACAUUUCUGUUAUUUUUUGUUAAUUUGCCCACAGAGAAUGUAUGUGUGAGUGUUUGUGAAGUUCUCAGUGGUUUUCAUGAUGACAUUAUCCUUUUAUAAUGGACAAGUAGCAUGCGCACUGUUAAGCUGUUCUUGAAAUUUAUUUUAAGCUUCAGGAAAAAAAAAUCCAAAUCUUGUGUAAUUCAUGAAAUCAAGAGGGAACGCUGAGUUUCUGAUUAGAGACUACUGAGUCCAGGACAUUUACUGUUUGAUAAUGUUCAAUUCUAAAUGCUCUCUUGUAAUCAAAAAUGAAAUGAAGGCAAAUUAAAAAAAAAAAACACAUUUUGUUCCCAUGUUGGUGAGAACUACAUACUUAAGACCAUCUAUGGAGGCAUGCAUUAAUGACCAAAUGAAUAAUCAAUACAACUAUAGCAGCUGCAGUGUGUAAACGAGAGAUAAUAAAUUGAACAUGUAGUUACUGCAGUGA